AUGACCGCAUACCACGAUCCUCAUUCCAUUGAAGCGAAGAAAGCCCGUUAUUCGCAGGAGCUUGCUGCAUAUACCCUUCGACAAUGGGACUCGGUUCGCCACUCCAUCGAGGAUGGGGAUAGCAGUGAGAGCUCAGGCCCACCAUCUCAGCAGCAGGACAGAUCUCGCUCUGCAUCGCGGGAUUCAGAGACGGCUGCGAGGCCGCGAGGCAUCCAAGUGCACGACUACGCGCAGACGAGCCGCAGGCAUCUUAAUGGCCAGCGCACCAUAGCCGCAGGAAAGGCGUAG